AUGGCAACGGCCCUUCAGAAAAUGCGUAUCAUCGCGGUGCCCUUGACGCGUCCUCGGCGCACCAUUAUCCCAGUUUCUUCCUCGGCUUCUGUGGGCUCAAGCUCGAGCUCGCGGUCGAGCACGAGCGUGGUGAAACCUAGCCGGUUAACGUAUUACCAGUUCCAAAUCACCACGAAGAAGAAGAAAACAGUGAAAGCGAGUGCGACUGAAGGUGAUGCCCAUAACGCCGAGAAGGAGAGAAAAGGGUGGCUGCCUGAGGAGGGCCUCGUGAACUACGCGACGCAGAAGGCGGCGGAUAUCUGGGCUGGGUUCGGGAAAGCCGAGGGUGGGUGGAGGUUGAAAACCUUCCAGUUUGGCGAAAGGCUGAUGGACAGGAUGGAGUUCGAGGAGUUCGCGCUGAAGAGCAUAGACCCGUCUCUCGGGCCUUCCAUCAGGCAUCUCAAGCAACGGCCGCUGGUGGACGAGAAGGGUUCAGGACCUCCGACGAUACCUCUGAUAUUCCCUCCUUCAAUCGUCACCCCCUCAAUGGCAUUGACAGAACUGAAAGCGUAUACUGCACACCGGAUACCACGACACCGGCGAGGUUUUUGGGGUUGGAUGCUGGUUGCCCCAUUGACUUCGCCGUUUAUGAUCAUACCCAUCAUCCCUAAUCUUCCUUUCUUCUUCUGCGUCUGGCGGUCAUGGUCGCAUUAUAGAGCAUAUAGAUCUUCGCAGUACCUACAAUCCCUCAUAGAACACGACGUCAUCGCCCCCGAAGCCAGCGAGGCACUAGAUGAGGUGUAUAAACUACGAAGCAUCGCAGAGCCAACUCCUUCCACUUCCACUACCUCCCACUCGGAUUCUGCAUCAUCAAGCUCAAGCUCAACGUCCGAGCCUCCCCCGUCCUCCAACCCCUCUGCCCCGAAGUCUAGCACGACUGCGUCUUCGCAAACCUCAUCGGGCCCAGAACCGAAGCACGAUGUUCUACUUACUCGCGACGCUGUUCCGGCUAUCCUCUCAAUAUUUGAGCUCAAGCCAGACGGUUCAGCUGCUGCGGACUUGUAUCGGGCUAUUGAGCAGGCUCGGGUACGUGUCGCUAGUGGGCGGGAAGAGCUAUAA